AUGAAGUUUGAAGUCAAUAUUGUUUUCGAAAUAGCGCUACUCCUGUUCACUGGAGUUUCUGCAAACCCAAUUAUUCCAAGACAGGACACCACCACUCUUCAGGCUGGAAAGCCAAGUAAAUGCAGCCGUUCGACCAGUAGCCAAUGGCUCAGCAUAUGUGAUACUACUAUAUUCUGGCCCACAUCGACAAACUACUUCUAUGGGCCGACCAAAGGAGCCAAGGCUUCUGCUGUCUCCUGUAAUGCGAAAUGGGUUCAAUUCAGCGGACGCGCCAGUGGUUUGGAAUCUCUAGGUGCAACAUCUACAUCCACUAUUUAUUCAUCCUAUGUCACUAGCACCGGAGCCUGUAACACGGAGGUUCGAGGCGAAGAUCUUCAGGACACCCAUACCGGCCCAGUCACCACGCUCUGUGACGGAAUUACACGCGCCCUCGGCCCUCGAGAAUCAAUCACCGACUACUGGCCAGGCACAGGCCCCUGUAGCUCCUUUUUGCUAACCGAGACGACUACCACACUGGUCUACCGAUCGCCAGCAGCGACUCCAGCCUGUAAAUUGAACACUCAGGACUGCAUUCCCAUUUGGAGCACGUACAGCAAGCUUUCAAGCGCUUAUUACUCCUCUGUCACAAGUGAAGUGCCAGGUGAUACCAAAAGCCCUAUUCGACCAGAGAGCUGCCCAACCACAACGCGAGACUACUCAGAUCCCAACGUAUGCAAUAAUUGCCAUUACCUCCCAGAUACAGCAACUCUAUUUUACUGGCCAGUGAUAACCACUGGAGAAACUUGUCUGCAAAGUGGAACUACUCUCACUGCCACGCCAACGGGCGAGGGGCCCAAUACCGCCAUUGUUGACGGGAAAACAUUCGUAUCUCCAAGCCUUUAUCUUUCCUUCACCAGCAUUUACGCCUACAGCAACCAACGCGCCCAUUCCGGUGGCCGUUGUGGCAGUGAUCAUGAAAAUGUGAUUGUUUCUAUUGCCCCGGAAGCAGCUACAUCUUACCGCCACCAUAUCAACGCAAAAUAUCCCACGAUUGGAACUGCGUAUCCCUUCAAUUUCGCUGAAUAUCAGCCGCAUCAGGUCGGAAACUACACCAUGCCCCUGAUUCCUUGGGAACAAUAUCUUGGUGGGUCCCAGUGUUUGUCAGGAGGAGGUGGCUGUAGCAUGGUUCGCGAUGACUAUCUUCCGUGGUUUGAGAUGCCAGAUGUCAUGACUCAGGUUGAUCCCCUGUGGACUAGCUGUGAUAGAUCUUGGUAUAUUCCACCAGUUAGCCUUGUGCCACUUGGAGGAACCAGGAGCCUUGAGUCGCGACCAACAAAUAAGGCGGAGGCGAGCAGGGCCUCGGCUACUCCAGCUGUUCCUUCGUCGGGCUUGGCUGCGCCCACUCCUAAGGCUACUUGA